GAGCACAGAGCCCAAUCAAGAUCAAUCAAGAGGAGAAACCAUGGAAACCUGAAACUCAGAUCGCCAUGUAGACAGUGCAAGGCCACAAAGAACCCUGGGCCAAUCGUUAGGUCUUUCACUGACCCUUGCACAUGCUUCUUUCCUCAGAGUUUAUUAAGAGAUGCAGUCAGUCCCAGCUUAGCCGGGCUGAUGCCGCCACCAUGGCUGACAGCGCGCAGGUUGAUUCGAUCCUCACGAAGAUGCGGCAUGUGACAGAGGCAGCCUCGCCAGCAUUGAAGACCACCGCUUCCAAUGACGAGCGAGUCAGCAAGCUGGUACAGCGGAUGAGUGCGAGACACUUGGACCUGAUCCGCGAGUUGAGCGCCAAGAAUCGAGAGAAGGAGGAACAGCUGAAGAAAGAGGAGCAGCGUCAGCGCAAGAGGGAGAGCUCCCUACGAACGCGCAUCCUCUCCCGCAUGGGUGAUGAGAAACCCGAGAAGCCGCAGGAUGAGUUCCCGACUCUUCCACCAGACGAGACCUCUUCUCCUGAGGAACGAAGGCUAUGGAAGUUGAAGUGCAACAUGGACAUCGAGCGCAGACAGCAAGAGGCCAUUCAACGGCUGCAGGAAUUCAAGCGAGCAAAGACGCUGAAGACUGAGCGUGAGCAAUUGAAGCGAGAGUGGCGUGCUCAUCGCGCAAAGAGCUACUUGCUGGAGCAGUGCCAAAAUUCAGACCUGAGAGAGUACUUGGAGUCGAAGGAGAAGCCGCGAGCUCUUCCAAGACUUCCGCGCAAGGAGGCUUCUUGUUGUGCCUCGCGGGUGUUGUCCAGACGCCCGGAAUCAGAAUCCGAGGUCGACAGGGAACCGAGCCCUCCUCCCUCAGAGCCAAGUAGUCCAAGGGUCCGGCUCGCAAGAGACGAGACUGAGCCCCAGGAGGAUGAACAGGUCAUCUGUGAGGCGAGUCCUUCCAUGAGCUGCAAAGAAAGCCCAUCGGCGUCCAGCUCCAGAAGGGCAGAUGUCAUUACGCGAUUUGUAAGACGUAUGCGAAGCGCUCAAAUUGCCAUGAAAACAGCGCGGCAUCUUUCUGAUUGGAAGCGCUUGAACUGCUGCCCACAGUCCACUUCUGUCUUUAUUUGUGCUGGAGGAUAUCCUGACUUCACCAAAGCGAUGUUGGCCAGAGGCUGGUUCCAGAACGAAGACAAGGAUUCGCGCUUCUUCGAUAUGAAAUGGGCUCCGGCAGCCGCCAUGGAUCAUGACAACCUCCUACCUGGACAGGUGGUGAAUCACUUCCAUGGCAGUCGCGAAAUCACGACGAAGGUUGGGUUGACCCUGAACCUUCGGAAUUGCUUGCCAAUGUGCGGUGCCGAUCCUGAAUCUUUCUAUCCACGGGCCUACGAUUUGUAUGACCCUUUGGAGAGAGCUGACUUUGCAUUGAAUUUCAAAUUCACCAAGGCUCAAGCCAUUCUGCGAGAGUUCUUAAGGAACAUUGACUCCCAAUCUGGCAUGACCUUUGGCUAUGAUGUGGUGAGCACAUCCUUCAAGAUUUGUUUGCGGCUUGUGACGGAUCCAGCAGAGAUCAUGGACUGCCCAGAAAUGGCAGAAGCCCUGGCGCAUGUCUCAACUGAGGAGUGGUCAUUGCUGGAGCAGGUGUGUUUAGAUGACUGUACUCAACGUUUGGAAGGUGCUUUGAAUGCAGAAGAUUUACAUGACUUCAUUCACAAAAGGAAUGUGCCAACUGAAGCCAUGCGAGAAAGAGAGAGGAACAAGGAAAAGCGACAGAAAGAGAAGGAGAAGGACAAGAUCCUCAGUGCCAUUGAGGAGAAGAAGAGGAAGAAAUCCAAGGUCAAGAAGUCGUGCAGCGCCGUUUCGCUAGCAGCUCCUGUAUCCACUUUCAAAGGCUUGAGGGCAGAGCACCUCAUUGCACAAGUGCGAGAAGUACUUGAAGAGAUGGACACCACCAACAGGCAAUUUGGCAUCAACGGAUGUCGCAAUGCUUGGAUCGUCAAACCUUCCGGCAAGUCGCGCGGAAGAGGGAUCAAGGUGAUGAGAGAGCUAGACGAAAUCUUUCGGCACUGCGAAACCGAUGGCUUCCAAUGGAUUUGCCAAAAGUACAUUGAAAGGCCACAGCUGAUCCAUGGCUAUAAGUUCGAUAUUCGGCAGUGGGUGCUGGUGACGGAUUGGAACCCAUUGACAGUCUAUGUUUGGAACCAGCCAUACCUCAGAUUUGCCGGUCAAAAGUAUGAUGAGACGUUGUCUGACCGCAGUGAGUAUGUUCACCUGGUUAACAAUUCCAUCAUCAAACACAUGGAGGGCUUCAAGAUGAAGAAUGAGGACCUCAAUGCACAAGGCUACAUGUGGUUUCGACAGCAGUAUGAGGAUUGGCUGCAUGCACGCUUCUGCAAGUGCUCGCAGCAUCGGACGCCAUUUCUGAAGUCGCCGCCCUACACCUGCGAAACCUUUGGUGUGCGCUGGGAGGAUGUGAAAUUUACAGCGAAAGAGGAAGACUCUGAUGAUGAGGUGUGCGACCCAUCUGAAGAGGUUCAAGAGAGCAGCAAUCCACCUGAGAGGCAAAGCAGAGAGGAAGCAUCCACAGAAGCAGGAUCGCAGUCGCCAUCCUCGUCCGAGGAGGAACAGCAUGGGCCAGCGAAGGCAGAGACUGCAGCGAUGCCAGACUUUGCUGAUGAUCUUCCAGGGCGAAAUGGACAGAAGGUGAGUGAUGAUGAUGAGUCUGUGACUGUCUGCGAGAACCUUUGGGACAACAUCCGGCAGCAGAUGGAGAACAUUAUCAGUUGGUCAUUGAUGUGCGUUGUGGAUGGGAUUCAGCACAGGAAAAGAUCAUUCGAGCUCUUUGGCUACGACUUCAUGAUUGGCGACGGAGUGAAUGACCGACCUGAAGUGUGGUUGAUCGAGGUGAACUCUUCACCCGCCUGUGACUAUUCUACCCCAGUGACUUGCCCAUUGGUGAAGCAGAUGAUGGAAGACCUGGCCAAGGUGGUCGUGGACUCUAAGGAGGAUGCCUCCGCCCCCACGGGAGAGUGGCAGCUGCUUCAGCACAGCUACAGCAAGCCAGUUCCAGGGAGAAUGGGUUUCGCUUCGAACUCGCAGCUAGAAGUUCUUGGAAAAAAGAUGAAGGUUCCAAAGGCGGUGAAAAAGAAGAAACGGAAAUCCUCGAAGAAAUCGACCGAGGCGCCAAAGGAGAAUGAUGAAUGUGUGGCCGAGGAUGAGGAUGCCGAGGAUGAGGAUGAUGAGCAGUGACCUAGAGCUCACUGCAGCGUGAACUGCUGGCAAAGCCAGGACUUCAGUACCAUACAGCACAGGAAUCCAUGCCCCAAGCUUUCUGGCAAAAGAUUUGAAAGCAAUGAAACUAAGUAUUGCGGAAAUCGCGGAUUUGUAUGCCACUGCACCUUGCUGGAAGCUCUCCCCUGCAAGACAUCUAUAGCGAUGGGUUUCACCUCUAAUGCUCCGCAUGGUAUUUGCCAAAGGCAAACGCAGUGCAGUAGGACCCACAGCAGUGUCGAGAAGAACUUGCUGGAUCCUGGC